CUAGCCGUUCCUCCACGACUCGCGCCUCCCCUGUUUAUUCCCGUCCGUCCCUUCCAUUUUUACUUUCUGCCAGCGACGUUAAAUAGAUUAAAGAGGAUUCUCUUAUUUAAAGGAGUAAAGGCUUAGUAGUUUAUUUUUGGACCGUCCAAAAAUAACGCAACUACAGCAACAGCGCCGAGGCAUCUAAUUGAAAGUAAGCCACCUUUGUCUUGUAGGACAGUGCAGUAGAGCAACCAGUCAGUCAGAUACUGGGUCAGCCCUGCGUCGUCUUCAUCCUCACUACCGCUCAGCUGGGAUCAUUUGUUGUACCAGGACUUGCCUCAGCAAGAGACUCCCGGUACACCAUGUCUCUUAGGCUCCUGCCUGCUAUCAUGAUGGACAACGACGAGGACGACGAUGGCAACUUCACAAAAUGGAUGAGUAGUUACUGGGGUCACGGAUCGGAGUCUGGACACCCCAGAGAAAGAAAACGCAGCUUCAGGAGGCCCACAAAAACACGAGUUGAUAGAAGAGCAUCACUGCCGACCGUGUCGCAACUGGACGCCAUGAAGUUAAACAAGCUCCACGCGGCCGCGAUGGCUCCCGCUCCCAGCCACGUCAAAACGAGAGAGGAGAAGGGGGAGGCCAGGCCUCACCAGAGAGCUCGCCACGCUUCCUCGGAGGACAACAGGCCGAGAGUCCAAGAGACCCGAAUCACCACCAUCCCGGAGCUCACCGAGUCGUUUGAGAAGAGACUUUUGCUCAGUGAUCAGAGCAUGGCUCUGGCUGAUAGUGAGAAGUUGUGCCUGAUCUGUCAUGAGGAAAUGCGUAACAGUGGAUGGGGAGUUCAGGAGCUUCACUGCACACACCGCUUUCAUAAAGAGUGCAUGGAAGAUUGGCUGUGGAAGAAACAGACCUGCCCCACCUGCCGUGUCCAUGUAUCUGUGCCAAAGCUCCUCUAUUGGACUUCGUCCCGCACAACAGUCCCAUAGCGGCCCUUCACUUGAAAUGCCUGCAUGUCCAUGUGACUCGCUGACCCCAAGACCUCUUCCACGCCUCAACCCUUAGUCCUCCUGCAUGAACACCUGCUGCUGAAUUGCCUUCUGGUGCUGGAUGCCUCAGUAUCCUGAAUGAGAGAUAAGAGCUCCCCGACAAGACAGAGAGAUUGCCAUAUCGUCGUGUCUCACGCUGCUUAUUUGUAUAGUGUCAGAUGCUUUGUUUAAAAUCAUCCAAAAAUUAGGGGCAUAACUGGAUGAAACUGGUUUGUCAAAAUAAUAGAGGCAUGCAUUAAUGAUACAAUCGUUCAGUCAUUCAAGAGUAAUUAUAAUUUUGCUAACAAAAAAGGGUCCAGUCCUCAUAUCAUUUGUAGCUAAUAUACUGUGACUAUGUUCGAUACUGAGUGACGUCAGAGCAUCUGCUUGUUGCAACGUUAGGAUGCAUGAAAUUGGACCAAGUUUCCCGGUUGGAUCCUUCACUUUCAGAGGGGUCACGCUCCUUAAUAGCCACAGAUGUUGCUGGUAGGCAGAGACAGAUUCCUUUCAGCAGAGCCCAACUAACCACCUCUUCCUUUGUCCUUUAUGCUAAGCUAUGCUAACUGGCAACUCAGCUCACAUUUAGCACAUGGAAAUGACAAUUAUUUCAAUAUGUAACUUACAACAAAGUGGUCAUUUAAAUUACAACUUAAGCAGAUUACUUUUAUGAUUUAUACCACACGUCUCAUUUUCAACUGGGGGUGCUAAAAGUAUUUAGAGUAUUUUCAAAUUCAAACUAACUGUGAAAGAUAUGGAUUUGAUAAAAGUAUGGAUAUAAAUUAUAAUUCAGCUUCAUGAAGAGUGGCUUUGCUUUUCAGGGAGUGGUUGAUCAUAGUCGCCUGUUUAAUUCCUGUAUGCAAAGCCUAAAGUUAUAAAAACUUUUCCUUUAACAUAUUCCUGCCUUACCCACGCUUUUGUUUUACACAUAAAGUCUAGUCGACUGCACUGUUGAGCUUUUAGAAAUCUCUUUGAUUUAAAUACAGCAGGAAUUAUCUUGUACAGCAUAUAAACAGAUCAGUCUCAACAUUAAUACCAACAAGCGCUGAAGUGAAUAACACUGGUGAUCUCAUUAGAAAAUAAUUUUCCUCUGGGAAACCUCCUGGCAUGAACAUUGUUGCUUUUGUCAAGUGGCACAGCAGCAAGGGGGGUGUUUCUUGCAGCCUGGUGCCACAUGUUCCCUAGCUGAGUGACACCGCCACACACACUAAAUGACCCAAAAGAAAAGUGAUUCAUCAGACCAGGACACCUUCUUCCAUUGCUCCAUGGUCCAGUUUUGAUUUUCAUAUGCCCACUGUAGGCAGUUUCAGCUACAGUAGCUCAUCCAUUAGAUGACAAUAACCCAUCCAUCACUUUUCCUUCAUGGACCACCACCACAUAGACCAGGGAGAACCCUCAAGAGCUGCAGUUGUAGAGGUCCUCCUUAAGUCACUCAAAUAAUUUCAACGCAUCAACUUUCAGGAAAAAAUGUUCUCCUGCAUUGUUGCCUCCUAUAUCCCACCACUGACAAGUGCCAUGAUAACAACAUAAUCGGCGUUAUUCACUUGGCUAAUGAAUAUAAUGACCAGUUGGUCAUAAUGUUAUGGCUGAUUGGAUAUGUAUGUACAGUAAAUAUUCAAAUAGAUGAAUAUGAUUUAAUUUUUAGUCACAGACGAAUAGUUCUAUAAUUCUUACUAACCAACAAAUCCUGGUAAACUGUCGUGACCACGCUUUGAUUUAUGACCAAGCGACAAGACACCAGCAUCUGUUGGCAAACUGCAGAGCAUAUAUAGGUUCAAUAUGUAGGUUAUACAGUAUGACUAGUAUGUUACAUUGCAUGUGUUACUUUAGAGGAGGAGUGACUCUAAGACAUGCACCACAAUAAGCCAGUAGCUUUAUUGGCUGUAAUGUUCACUGUUUUCACAUGAACAAACAUGCAGGGCUGUUCAUCUGUGUCUGCUAUGGUCUUCCUCUCUUGAAUAAAAUGGCACGCCCCUGUUAAAUAUGGUCUGUUUUGCUUUCAACAAACUACAGGGUUCUAACUGUAAGAAGACUAGCACUCAACCUGGUCGAGUCUUUGUCAAAGAAAAGAUUUCCGCACGCUUGAAUUUGUGCAAUGGUUCCACUUUUGAUAUCUGAGCUACUGCUCUGCUACUGGAUGCAACAAAAAAAUACAAUCAUGAAAAGGAUUUCAGUCUCUGCAAACAUAUCUUCCAAAAUGUUAUUCUGUUAAGACCAUCAUAACAAUAGAUAACCUAAUUCAAGGGCCCACUCCUUCCUCAAAGAUAAAAAUAACAAAUAAAUGAACAACUAGUCACCUUGAAUUCCUUGAAGUAUAUACAUUCACUGGCCAUCUUAUUCAUUACACCCCUUAUUAGGUGAUCUAACACGGUUGCUGGUGCCAGGUGGGCUGGUCUGCGUGUUUGAGAAACCGCUCAUCUGCUGCGAUUUACCCACACAACCAUGUCUACGGUUUACCGAGAAAAUAUCCAGUGAGAGGCAGUUCUCUGGGAAAAAUGCCUCGUCUGUGUCAGAGGUCAGAGGAGAAACGUAGGAGUGGUUCAAGCUGCUUGAAAUAACCGCAUCUUACAGCCGAGGUAUGCGGAACAGC